UCUAGUUUCACGUGUUGUUAUUUGUAUCAUUAUAAUUGUAAUAAGGGCUUGUUUUAACAAUAUUUUUUGUUAAAUAUGAAGUUUUCAUAUAAGUUUAACAAUUUAUUGGGAACAGUGUAUAGAAAGGGGGACUUAAUAUUUAGUCCUGAUGGAAACUCAGUUAUUAGCACUGUAGGCAACAGAAUUACCAUAUUCGAUUUAAAAAAUCAUAAGUCGACAACGCUACCAGUGGAAAGCAGAUUCAAUUACAAUGCCCUGGAUUUAAGUCCCAAUGGCGUUACUCUCUUAGCCGUGAAUGAAGAAGGAGAGGCUCAUAUGAUAAGUUUAAUUUCACAAACUGUAGUCCACAGAUACAGAUUUAAGAGGAAAGUUAGAGCUGUAAAAUUCAGCCCAGAUGGCAAACACUUUGCAGUGUGUAAAGAGAAUAAUGUGUUUGUAUUCAAGGCCCCUGGUCCAUUUUCUGGUGAUUACAAUGCUUUUAUAAUGGAAAGGGUUUUCCAUGGUGCCUAUGAUGAAACAACAUGUUUGGAUUGGUCUUUUGAUUCCAAAAUAUUAGCUGUUGGUUCCAAAGAUAUGGCUACAAAGUUGUACCCUCUUGACAAAUGGGCUAAUUUCAGAAUUUGCUCAUUGGGAAAUCACACAGAUAGAAUUGUCAGUUGUUUCUUUGAGGCUGAUAAUUAUGACAUUACAACAAUUUCAAGAAAUGGGCAAGCCUGCAUAUGGGAAUGUAGUAUUGAACCCAAAGAUUUGAUGCCACUGGAUCAUUUACCCCCCAAAAAAAGAAAGAAAACCAGUAAUAAUGAUGAAGAAGAUGAUGUGGACACAUUUAAAUCCAUAGAAAGGACAGAAGAAGAAGUAACAAAAGCUCUAAAUGACCUGAAGGUUGAAAACCAGCCAUCUGAAGUAACUAAAUUAUUUUAUAAACGAAUUAUUAGACAUUAUUUGGGUGAUGAAGCAAGAAAAGAAAAUAGAGAUGCUGUUUUGACAUCUGCAGCUUAUCACAAAAAAUCCAAAAUCCUUGUAACAGGAUUUUCAAAUGGAUCAUUUUUCAUACAUGAAGUUCCAGAAAUGAAUUUAAUACAUUCUCUAAGCAUAUCUGAGCAAACAAUAUCCUCAAUUGCUAUAAAUUCAACUGGUGACUGGAUUGCUUUAGGUUGUAGUGGACUAGGACAAUUGUUGGUUUGGGAAUGGCAAAGUGAGACUUAUGUUAUGAAACAACAAGGACAUUCAAAUAAUAUGUCAUGUGUCGCAUACUCACCAGAUGGUCAGCUGUUGGCAACUGGAGGUGAAGAUGGUAAAGUUAAAUUAUGGAAUGUGUAUUCUGGUUUCUGUUUUGUUACAUUUACUGAACAUUCAAAUGCUAUCAGUGCAAUCACUUUUAGCCAAACUAGAAAGUUUGUUGUGUCUGCUUCUGUUGAUGGUUCUGUCAGGGCUUAUGAUGUAAUCAGGUAUCGAAAUUUUAAAACCUUCACGUCUCCUCGACCGGUACAGUUUUCGUGUGUUGCUGUUGAUAGCAGUGGAGAAUUUGUUGCUGCUGGUGGACAAGAUGUAUUUGAGAUUUACUUGUGGUCUGUAAAAACUGGAAGACUCUUAGAAAUUUUAGCUGGUCAUGAGGGACCUGUGUCUUCCGUGUGCUUUACGCAAGUUCCAACAAGCUCAAUAUUAGCGUCAGUGUCUUGGGACAAAACUUUGCGCAUCUGGGAUGCGAUAGAGAAAGGCUCUGCUCAUGAGACAAUCGAAUUAACCACUGACGGACUGUGCGUGGUGUUCAAACCAGAUGGCUUAGAAGUGGCUGUCGCCACUCUUGAAGGCAACAUUUCUAUUUUCAAUGUAAAAACAGCUGAACAGUUGUGCAGUAUUGAGGGUCGCAACGACUUGGGUAGUGGCAUUUCUGACGCAGAUUUGGUUACAGCCAAACAGUCUCUGAAAGCAAAAGCGUUUACUAGUCUGUGUUAUUCUGCGGAUGGAGAAUGUAUUUUAGCUGGAGGCCAGUCGAAAAAUGUCUGUAUUUAUAACGUCAAGGAACGUCUGCUGGUGAAAAAAUUUGAGAUCACCCAAAAUCGAUCUCUGGAUGCUGUAGAUGACUUCAUAAACCGUAGAAAAAUGACGGAAUAUGGGAACGUGGCUUUGGUGGAGGAGCGUGAAGAACGCGAAGGUGGAAACGUAGCGAUCAGAUUGCCGGGUGUGAGGAAAGGUGAUAUGGCGAGUCGAAUAUUUAAACCUGAAGUACGAGUUUUCUCGCUGCAAUUCUCACCGACGGGCCAACAGUGGGUAGCGGCAACCACUGAAGGGUUAAUGAUUUAUUCCCUCUGUUCCGGUUUGGUAUUUGAUCCGUGGGAUUUACAAAUGGGCAUCACACCAAAAGCAGUUAGACAGGCUAUUGAAAAUGGAGAUCACACUAAUGGUUUAAUGAUGGCAAUGAAAUUAAAUGAAGCUGGCCUGUUACAGGAGGUUAUUGAAAGCAUUCCAACAAAAGACAUUGAGUUAAUUGUAUCAAGUCUAAGCAUAAAGUAUGUGGAACGUUUGCUGGUGAUUAUUUCCAGUGCUUUGGAUAGUUCAAGACAUUUUGAAUAUUACUUACUAUGGGCACAAAACAUUCUAACAAUUCAUGGCCCCAAUAUACGAUCACAAAAGAAUUUACCAGCUCUAUUGGCUUUGGAAAAGAGUUUGUUGAGAAAACAGGAACAAAUAUCAAAAAUAUGUGAUUACAAUAAGUACACCCUUCAGUACAUCUCACGGUUAGGUGAAAUCGCGAGCAAAAAACCCGAGGAGAAAAUGGAUUUGGACAGUGAAAAAGAUGAGGAGAGUGGUGAUGAAUUUGUUAGUAAUUUCGAUGACAAUUGAUACAAAUAAAGUUUUAUAUUGACUA